AUGCCAGGAAAGGCGACAAAAGAGAAAUGUAUGCACUGUAAUAAAGUGGCGGCGACCAAGGAAUUGUUGGCAUGCAAGGUCUGUAGCCAAUGUUGCCAUUUCAAAUGUAUUGGCAUUACUGAUGCUUCAUACAGGGAGAUAAAUGCAAUCGAAGGUGGUUUUUGGUGCUGUGAAACCUGCGUUGUUGUCUUGAAUUCUGGCAUUUUUGAGGCUCUGUUUGACAAAAUUAAAAUAAUAGAUGACAAAUUAAACGAAAUGAAAGAAGAUAAUAAUGACAGAUACACAAAAAAUCCCAAUUCAACGGAGUUUACGCUGCACCACAAUAGAAAAUUUAUAAGGAGUGCAAAAAAAAUAAACCCGGCAAAUACCGCCCGGCCAUUGUACUCCGGGGUCCUUCAAAAGGAUGUUAAGGUUGUUUAUGAAGCAAAUAAGGUUUGUGAACUGAGGGCAGCACCUAAGCCGGUUGAAAAAUCUGUUUUAUAUCUUGGGAGAAUGAGCCCAGAUAUAGAUGAUGCUCAGAUAUUAAAUUAUCUGAAAAAAAAUGGCAUAUCAGCAAUUAAAAUUUAUCCCGUAAUUAAUAAAAACAUUGAAAAUAUUUUAGCGAAAUCAUUUAAAAUAAUUAUUAAGAAAACCGAUUAUUCAAAAAUUAUUAGUGACCCCAUGCUUUGGCCUGAGGGUACUGUCAUCAGAGACUGGAUUUUUAAUCAGUCAGAUUCACAAACCAUUAGGUCUCAAAACAAUAAUCUCUUCAAGACGACAGAUACAAACCCAAAUGUCCUAUUAACGAACAAAACACCAUCAUCUAAGGAAGUUGUUGAACAAAUUGUUCAGUCGGAAGACUUGAGUUCAGCUCAACAGCUGAAUGACGAAAGGGAACGUUUCGAAAAGAUAGCUAUUACAAAUAAUUAA